CCAGCACGCUAAAGCAAAUCAGUCAUAUAACAGCACAGUGUUAGCUAAUCAGCUCUAAAUCGAUUUGCAUUACCCUCAGCUGAUUUAUUGCUGAUUACCUGCAAAAACUGGAAACACUGCUAGCGAUAUAGAUUUUUGACAAACUGGCAACUUUGUCUCGCUUGUCAAACCGUAAAAAUCCAGCAAAUCGAGCAAAUCUGUCUGUUCAAUUCCAGUAUUUUCACACUUUUUCGACCAUGGAAAACUCUGGUUGCUGGGAAACAUUCGUGAAAAGUACCAACUUUAAACGGAAAGUGCAACAAUAUCUAUCGAAGACGCGUUAUUCCGAAGACACCCAGGUUCCGGAUUCUCCAGAGGAACACGAAGAAUCGCUUCAGGAAUCUGCAUUUAUUGAGAACGCCGCCGCCGCAGUCGACGAUUUUUUUGUUGAAAACUCCGGCGAAACCAUCGACGACGAUGCUGAGGAGCCAGCGGACGAUGCCGAGGAGCCUGCGGACGAUUCCGCCGAUUACAGUCCAGAUGAAUGGUCUGACCAGGAAGAUACUAUCGAGGACACUGAACCUGAGAGUUUGGAGGUUUUUCUACAACGCUGGAGUCUGGAACACAAAAUCACCCACUCUGCCUUGAAGCCCUUACUAGAUCGAUUGAGUUUGGUAGAUCGAACGUUAUCAACAGACCCGCGACGAUUGCUGGGGACUCCCCGAAAGGAACCUGAAUUGAUUCAGAUUGAGGGUGGCCAGUACUGGCACCAUGGAUUGGAGCACAGUCUACGGAUUGCGUUCAACAAACUAUCGAAUCCUCGGAACAUCUCGAUCAACAUCAAUAUUGAUGGCCUUCCCAUCUUCAAGAACGGGACAGACCAACUUUGGCCAAUACUGUUCAACGUCCACGAGGAACCUACCAUGAAGCCCAUGAUAAUUGGUGUUUAUUGCGGUCGUACGAAACCAAAACUGAUCGAACAGUUUUUGGAUCAGUUUGUUUCAGAAUGUGAAUUAAUUUUUCAAAAUGGAAUCGAGAUUAACGGACACUUGCUUUCUGUUGAAAUUCGAAUGUUUAUUUGUGACUCUCCGGCGAGAUCAUUUAUCAAAGGUAAGAAAGUAAUUCUUAGUAUUAUAUAACUAAUUUCUAAACCAUACUUUUACAAACAGGUUGUGUCAACUUUAACUCCUUCCACGGGUGCAUCAAGUGCACAGCGGUUGGAAAACGCUGCCCGGAACAGAGAACUAAUACCUACCCGCUAGCAUUAGCCCCGAAGAGGACGGACCAGGGCUACCGUAACAAAUGUUACGACGGUCAUCACCAAGUGUACAAAUACAAAGAAGCUGGCAAGAUAAAGCAAACGUACGUGGAGAGCCCUUUGUUGCGCCUUAACAUCAACAUGAUCGAAGACAUUAUUGUGGGGGAUUCGCUGCACCUGCUUCAUUUGGGAGGAAUGAAGAAAUUGCUUUCAAUGUAUAAAGAUGGCAAUAUGUACCUGCAAAAAUGGACACCAAUUACGCUGCAGGAACUAAAUGAAAUUUUAGCUUACACCAAGUUACCAGUAGAAAUACACAGACAGAUGCGAAGCCUAAACUAUUUAUGCCACUGGAAAGGGACAGAGUUAGCUUCUUUUCUUAACUAUGUUGGAAUUGCUAUUCUUAAACCGUUUCUUAGUACUGAACACUACGAACACUUUUUGAGCUUGUUUUGUGCAAACACAAUAUGCUCGUCAGAUCACUACAAAGCAUUUAUUCCAGUCGCUAAAACUCUCUUUGAAAACUAUGUAAAGAACUACAAGAAGUUUUUCAAAUGUAUAACAAGUAACACACACAACUUGAUUCACGUCGCAGAAGAGGUAGAAAGGUUUGGACCGUUACCAAAAAAUUCGUCUUAUCCAUUUGAAAAUCAUUUAUACCAGUUGAAAAAUAUGGUACGGUCUGGUAGGCUACCCCUUAACCAGAUAAUUAACAGAAUUCACGAGAAAGAGUUACUUGCCCAGAAAACAAAACCUUUAAUAUUUAAGUUCCCGCUAGUUGUAGUUCCAUUCAAACAUGAUUGUACUAAAUUUUCGUGCAUUGUUAUAAGGGAUGGAUUUACCCUAAAAGCUAAUCAUUUUGCUGACAAAUGGUUUCUUACUAACGAUUUUAAGGUUGCAUCAAUCAACUUUGCUACCAACAACCAUUCUGUUUAUGGUUCACAAUUAAAGUAUACUUAUAAAGUUUUCGAAAAACCUUUGCCGUCAGAUUAUAUUAACGUGUACUGCACUAAGACAAUUGAUAAGUUUGAACCAGAAGUGGAGUACAAAUUAGAGAAUAUAUUUUGUAAACUAGUUGCUGUAACUGUGAGAUCAGAAACUACCUUUGUACCGCUUGUUCAUUCAUUACCGUGA